UCUCAAACUCCUCCUCCUUCCAUCAUACACAACAACUCCAUCCAUCAACUUUCUUCACAAUAACGUCCUUUGAUCCUCAAUAGAUCAUCAUCUACAUAUUAUCUACACCGUCAAAAGAUUAAUUUUACAAAUACACAAACAUGCAGAUCUUCGUAAAGACCCGUAAGUUAUCACCUUUGCGUUUACCGCCUUCUGAUACCUCUUGCCACUUUGCAUCUAUCAACAACCUCCUUCGAUAACUUCAUCAAUAACUAUCUCAAUAACAUCUGCUAACAUCCACCUGCUAUAGUUACUGGAAAGACCAUCACCCUUGAGGUCGAGUCUAGCGACACUAUUGACAAUGUCAAAGCCAAGAUCCAAGACAAGGAGGGAAUUCCUCCUGAUCAACAGCGUUUGAUUUUCGCAGGAAAGCAACUUGAAGAUGGUCGCACUUUGAGCGAUUACAACAUUCAGAAGGAGUCUACUCUUCAUCUCGUUCUCCGCCUUCGUGGUGGUAUGCAAAUCUGUAAGUUAUCGCACCUUCUAUAAGGCUCUUCAACGGCUUACUAACAUCUUCAUAGUCGUUAAGACCCUCACCGGAAAGACCAUCACCCUCGAGGUUGAAUCUUCCGAUACCAUCGACAACGUAAAGGCAAAGAUUCAAGAUAAGGAAGGUAUUCCACCCGACCAACAACGUUUGAUUUUCGCUGGAAAGCAACUUGAGGAUGGUCGUACCCUCUCAGACUACAACAUUCAGAAGGAGUCUACUCUCCACUUGGUUCUCAGACUUCGUGGUGGUAUGCAAAUCUUCGUCAAGACUCUCACCGGAAAGACUAUCACUUUAGAGGUUGAGUCGUCGGAUACAAUCGAUAAUGUAAAAGCUAAGAUUCAAGACAAGGAGGGUAUCCCCCCUGAUCAACAACGUCUUAUCUUUGCUGGUAAACAACUUGAGGAUGGCCGAACUCUUUCCGACUACAACAUCCAAAAAGAAUCUACUUUACAUUUGGUCCUUCGUCUUCGUGGUGGUAUGCAAAUCUUUGUCAAGACUUUGACUGGAAAGACUAUCACCUUAGAGGUAGAAUCAUCAGACACUAUUGAUAAUGUUAAGGCCAAGAUUCAAGAUAAGGAGGGUAUUCCACCUGAUCAACAACGAUUGAUCUUCGCCGGAAAGCAGUUGGAGGAUGGCAGAACUCUUUUGGAUUACAACAUUCAAAAGGAAAGCACCUUGCACUUGGUGCUCCGUCUUCGUGGUGGUCAAUAAAUGUUUUCGAUUCAAUCUGCACAUAUAUUCUUUAGGCGUUUUUACGAUAACCUAAUUCGAAGGUGUUAUGGGCUGGUAUGGCAGGUUUUCAUCAUAGUGCACUGGCAUGUGCCACCUUGAUUGAUAGUAUUCAAUAGUCAACAUAUUUUU